ACUGCAGACUGCAGUGACGCGCGGUACUCAGCGCCACAGGCUCACCCUUGUCUCCUACUCCCACUUGAUACCCAACCGCUGCACCUGUCUAAUGGCCACUGUCACGCACUACAUCUACUCACAUUACGACCCAAAACAACGAGAGGAACUCGAGAAGGCUACUGGACAGGUACCGGAGCCUCCAGAACCGGAGGCGGACCCAUGGCAAACGGAGUCGUCAUUUGGUGCACAACGCCGGCUUGCGCUCGCGCCUCGCUUUGUCCCAGCAAUCGUCUCCUACGAUGAGAUCAACAACAUGAUGGGCAUGCCGCGAGGCACCCCCCAGGCAGUUGAGGAGAAGCCGAACGCCGAAGUGAGCAGCUGGUACAGGUCGCUGAUCCGAUCCAGCAGUGCUCCCGUCGAAGACGACAAGAAGCCCAUUGCUUCUACGUCUACCGCAUCUGCAGGUCCUUCGACUCCGUUUGCGCCUUCACCAGCGCCGCCGGUACAGCCAAAGUCUGUCAAAUCGACCAAGAAUGACUGGUUCGUUACCCGAGCGUUGCGCUCGGAACCACCGACCGGUCGCUCGACACCCACUCAGACCCUCGCAGACAUUCUCGCUCGAGACCCGCCUCCCGAUCCUUCCGGGAAGUCAUUCACCCCACCAGUGUUCCUCCAUAUCGGGCCCUCAAAUAAGGGCUAUAUCAUGCUCGAGAAGAGCGGCUGGAAUGAGGGCGAGCCGUUGGGCGCAGGGGUGGUCAGACGAGCGCGUGAGCCAGAGGGGAGCCCCACGCCCCGGGAAGCUAAGAAGAAGGGGAAGGCGGUCGUGAAGGAGGAGCAGCGCGAAGUGAAGUGGGACCCCGACGGAGAUAUCAGCGAAAUGCGAACGGUGGACGUCAUUGACCUCACCCUCUCAGAUGGCGAGGAUGAGGAUGUCAAACCCGAAGCUGACGAACCCGACCUGCAACGCCCGUCCACGAUUCCUCCUGCAGAACCGGACCAACUCUCAUCCCAUAACCCGAAGGCGCUGCUCACACCGCUCACGACUGUCCUGAAGUCAGACCGUCUCGGGAUCGGCCUGAAGGCCAAGACGUUUGGACCCUACAAGGCGUCCAAGAAACGUGUCACGCACAAUCAGGCGGCGCUCGCCCAACAUGUACGGGAGACUGAGGAGCUGCGUCGGAUGAAGGCCUUGGUAGGACGGGGAUCGAGAGGAUUGGCGCGCAUGGCUCGAGCGGAGACGGAGAGCAGACGAAGAUUGCUAGCAAAUCUCAAUGAUAGCUGAUGCGGUGUUGUGCUUGUCAGUGUAUAACUCUAGAGCCUCUGCAAAUGCCGAUUCCACUAGCUACCACUAACGCGUAGUCUGCAUGGUUACGCUGCCGAAUUAUGCCCCAUCCUUUGUGGCUCUGUACGAGACCUGCCCGCAUAAGGAAUAGUGAGGCCUUCGGAGAAAGGCAAGGUCAUGAUGAGCGACAGCAUGGCUUCGAUAAACGUCCUGAUGAUCCAGGUUCCAUGUUUCCAUUUUCU